UUCUCUGAUUGUUUGUGCGCAAAAUGUUCUAGCUUCUGAUUGGCUGUUCUGUUUCUGUAAACAACAUUCUAAAUUGGUUGAAUUUUACCGGGAUAUCAAAUAUUGGAUUAAUCUGUAAAUUAAGAAAAAGAGGAGAUCAAGAAUUGAUCUUGGUUUCAACCAAUACAAGAGUUUUCAGCUCAGAGCCUUUAAUUACAGUUAAUGACAAUUUUAUUCCACUUGAAUACAUUAUCUGAUAUGAUUAACAGGUUCAAAGUCAUGAAGACUUUUUACAUGUUCACACUAAGGAACCAUUGCCAAUCAGUCCCUGGAGACCAUCACAACCAAAUGGAAAGAGUCCACAAUGUGUGAAAUCCUAUUUCAGUUUAGAGCAUGAUGAAAGCUGGUAUGAUUUUGUGUGUGAGAACCCUGAUCUCUCAUGGGCGGCUUGUACUGCCUGUAAGAUUCCAUAUACAUUUGAAUCCUCUGUAGUGAUCACUUUGAGGGGACUUUGUCUUAAGACAAAGAUAGACACAUUUUACCAGGUUAUUAAUGAUGCUGACUCUGGAUAUAUUUCUUAUAUUGGGAAAAAAGCCACUAUCAUACAAUAUGAUCAUGAGGAAGGGUUGUGGAAAAUGAGAAAUAUUAACAAUCCUUCUCUCAUUGGUACUUCUACCGCAGGACUGGAAACUUUCGUCAUGGGAACCCAUAACUGGACAAUAAGAAAUGACGAAAACUGCAAAGAACUUAAGUCCACAUUACUGACCUUGUCUACUUGCAAAGAAACAGAGUUUACUUGUAGGAACGGGUUAUGCAUAGAUAUUGAAAAGCGGUGUAAUGCAAGGACAGAUUGUAGGGACAAAAGCGAUGAGGUUGGAUGCCUCCGGAUUAAUCCUGAUGAAUCAUACCAGAAGUAUAUUGCUCCUCUACCACCAUCAAAUCAAAACUCUUCGAAAAUUAUAAUUGAAGUGUCUGAGGACAUUGUUGACAUUUUGGAAAUUGAUGAAAAAGCUUCAAUAUUCCAGGUUCAGUUCUAUCUGCAUUUUUCUUGGCUUGAUAGUAGAUUGACAUUUUUUGAUCUAUGCAAUAAUCCUGGACUGAAUAACUUAUCACCCCAAGAAAAGGAACUUCUUUGGAUUCCAGUUCUUGUAUUUGAGAACACUGAGAACAAGGUGACUACACUGGUUGAUAAUGAAGCUACUAUUACAAUUGGAAAAGAGGGUGAAUCUUAUCUCUCCGGACUUGAUGAAUUUAACAAUAGAGAAUAUUACAGAGGGGCUGAAAAUCUGAUCAAGUUAUCUCGAUUCUACAAUACGAGAUUCUUGUGUCAGUAUGAUCUACGAUGGUACCCAUUUGACAUUCAAAACUGUCAACUCCAAUUCACUAUGUUUGGUGAAUCAGGAGAUUUUUCUACCCUAGAAUCAAAACUUCUAAACUUCUUUGGUGAAAGAUCAUCUAAAGAGUUUGUUGUUGAGAACUUCUUUAUGAGGGUAUCUGAGGAUAAUGGGAAAACAACUCUCAAGGUUAAUGUGAUUCUGGGACGAAAUCUCCUGCCUAUUGCAUUGAAUACUUACCUUCCUUCAAUACUACUGAUAACCAUCAGCUAUGCUACUGUGUUCUUUAAACCCUUUUUCUUUGAAGCCACAGUUACAGUGAAUCUAACAACUCUACUGGUCUUGGUUACUCUAUUUGUUAGUGUUAGUAACAGUCUGCCGCCUACUUCCUACAUGAAGAUGGUUGAUAUAUAUCUGAUAUUCUGUCUCUUCAUACCUUUUGUCAUCGUUCUACUUAAUACCAUCAUGGACUACCUUAGGAUAUCUCCUGCCUCUGGUUCUGCACCUAUUUCUAACCAAGAUGAUGUUACAGAGACGGAAAGAAGAUUUCAAAUAAAAAAAUAAAAAAUUUUAAAUUUAUAUUUAAUUCAAACCCUCAAUAAUUUUUAGCAAUGUGCAAAUAUCUUUUUUUAAUUUGUGGCAAAAAAAUAUUCUUUAUGAAAUAUACCAGAAACAUGUAUUCAACUUACAAUUUAUUAAGAAAAACAUAAAAUAGUAAACUUGUAUUCUAACUGUGGUGCAAACAUAUAUUUAUUUUAAAGGAGAGAACAAUAAAUCAUCAUGGAAGCCAGAUUACCAUACCUAAUGAGAUACCUCAAGUUGAUGAUGCUCCGAAAAAUACCGAUUUCAUGUUUGUGCGAAGAAGAAACCCACCAACUAUUGAGGAUAUUUUGAGAAAGGACAAAAGAAUUCGUCCCCAGGAACUGAAUGACCGCAAUGAAAAGAUUGAGCUUGCUGCAAGGAAAACUCUGUACACUCAUGCCCGGAAGAAAGGAAAGAUCUUGGACAUGUUCCAGAGGUUUGCUGUGUACGGUAUACCUCUGAUCAUGAUCAUGUUCAUAGCUCCGUACACCAUCAUUGGUAUUCACCAUGUGUACACUACAAAGGUUGCUGCCGAACAACGAGGAUAAACCAGCAAUAAAAUAUAAUUAAUUGGAUAUAAUUGGACUUAAUUAGGUGUAAUUGGAUUUGAAUAAACAUCAAUA